AUGAACCCAUAUGAAGCGGAGCCGGACAAAAUCCCUACAAUUGGCUUAUACUCAGACGAACCAUUCUAUGGUCGAUAUUACCCUAAGCCCGAUGACUUCUGCGUUGAUCUCCAGCAUGUCAACUCCCACACAACAGAAUCCCUGAAAUACUGGGCCUCAGUCAUUAGUCUCUGCACCGAAGAGAUCCGAAUUUACCCCGCCGAUGAAGGCGGAAGGGAUGUUUUUGCUCUUGGUAGCGUGAUCGUGAAGCCCAGUCAUCUCCACGUAUACGAGGGUGUUCAAGAUACGGAAAUUGAUUUCUCAUACGCCGAUUCGAAUGAGAUCCGUGCGAUUACUCUGGCAAAGACCGCUUUGAAGGAUGUCAAAAUCAAGGGUCGUCAAGUGCUAGUCCAAGAGAGACUUUCAGGUGUUGGGUUAGCGGUUGCAUGGCCGUAUCUGCCUAAAAGCCAAAUGAAGUCCUUUAAACAGCAGGCAAGGCAAAUUCUCCAUCAGCUUCACACCAUCAAGCCCACAGAGAAACUUCAAGCUCGCGCCCACAUCAUACCGGACUCCAACAUACGUAGCGAUGGUCGGAUCAAUCCUUUAGAAGGGCAAAUCAUUUUUUCAGACACAAAUCAUGAUCCAGAUAUGAGCUUCAUGCAUAAUGAUUUUACCCAGUCAAAGUGUAUUGUUGACAAGGACACAAUUGUUGGACUCAUUGACUGGGAAAUGGCUGGAAGACUGCUGGAGAAGUUCACCGUCGUAUCCGAACCCACCCCCCAACGAGAGCAUUUUGUGAAUGCCGAUUUGAGCGAGGAACAGCUUCAGGAUACGAUGUUCUGGAAUGACCUAUACGAUGAGGGCGUUCUAGGGAGGUGA